CAUUCGUUCAGUUUUGGGGCCAAUCUCACAUAGAGCAGUUCGGGAAACUAGCUAAAAUUCAAAAUUUGUCCGUGUGGAUAACUCUGUGUUUUUUCACCCUUUUUUUGCCGUUCAUCGUUUUCCGUUUUUACCGCCGCCGCCGCCAUAUCGCCAAAUAGCCAUCGUCAUGAACACUCUUAAGUCGGACGACAAGCCCUUCAAUCCCUUCUACAUUGGCCCGCAUCCCAGCAAGGCCUGUGCGAUCCCCGAGAUUCCCGGCCGUCAAUGUUCGCCCAGCUGCCAGCCGCCGGAGGGCCAGGCGGCUGCAAGUUCCGCACCUUCAGAUGGCCAUCAGCCGACGGAUGCCCAGAGCGUCCCGAGCGGAGCUGCGGGCGGCAUGCUAAUCGUGGGCGUGGCCAAUAUAUACAGCACAGUGGAGGUCCUGGCUGCCGCCGCUCGAAUGGGAGAGGCGGGCGGAACGGGGGCGGCAGGAGCGGCUCAUCAGGCUCCUUCGGCGCCCAACAAAACCAUAUGCAAGCCGUAUCCCUGCAUGGAGGGCGCUCGCACUGAAAGUCCUGGCUGUGAUUAAAACCGGAGGAAAUUCACGCAGGAUCAACGAUCAAUCAGGACUACUUCUACCUAAAUUAGCCCCAAAUACUUGAAUAAAAACUAGGAAAAUCCAAAAAAAACGGAAAA